AUGGACAUUGCGUUGUCGUCUGAUGCUCUAGACGUGUCGUUUCAUCCUGAUGAGGGUGUACACCAGAUCGCAGUGGGUCUAAUCAGUGGCAAGGUCCAAUUGUUCGACUAUGGGGCCAUGUUUCACAACCAAUCCACACAGCCCGACGAGUCACGCACGUCUGGUAAAGCAUACAGACGCGUAUGGAGUGUGCGUCCCUCGCACAAAAGCUGCCGUGGUGUGGCCUUUGACGCAUCUGGAUCAAAUUUGUUCUGCAUAUUCAAAGACAAGUCCAUCAUUGCGCUGGAUCCUAGUGAUGGCCAUGUCAAGGCGCGUUGGCCUCGUGCGCAUGAGUCUGCGCCAUCCCGCAUUCUGCCUAUCCAUGAGGGACUAAUGGCUACGGGUGAUGAUGAUGGUAUAGUGCGACUUUGGGACCCCCGAUGUCCACCCGAGGGCGAUGCCGAAGCGAAGCCACUAAGGUCGUAUGAUCAUCAUUCCGACUGGAUCACAGAUAUGCUCUGGUGUACACAUCUUGAUCCGCCGCGUUCGAAGAAAAAGGAUCAGGAAGAUGACUUGAAGCGGAAGCGAGAUGAAGAGAGAGCACGCAGUCGAUUGAUCGUCACGAGUGGUGAUGGCACGCUUAGUGUAAUCGAUAUUCAUGGUGGGAAAAAGGGUGUGGAAGUCAGUGAGGACCAAGAAGACGAGCUGCUUUCAAUUGCAUCGAUCAAGAACGGCAAAAAACUCGUCGUUGGCACACAACUGGGCGUUCUCUCAUUAUGGGCGCCAGACCGAGGCCUUCUUGAUCAUGCCGAUCGUUUUCCUGGGCAUCCGUCGAGCGUUGAUGCUCUUUGCACACUGGAUCAAGACACUGUGCUGACGGGUUCAUCAGAUGGCCUGAUCCGUGUCGUCCAGCUGUUCCCACACAAGCUUCUUGGGAUUGUGGGCGAUCAUGGUGGCAUGCCGAUUGAAUGCAUGAAGCGGAAAGGGCAUCUCAUUGCAAGCAUCGGCCAUGGUAAUGAGUGCAAGUUAACCGAUCUUGCGCCACUGCUUGAGGAGGGCGACGUGGAAACAGAUGCUGCCGAACCGGAGCCGGCUGUCAUGCUAGUGUCAGACGAAGCACAUCUCAUUGCCCGCAGUGCUGAUGGAAGUGAUGAAAGCGCAGGCGAGUCUGACGUGAUGCAACCGCCGCCGGCAACUAAGCGCCGCACUGCAAAAUCCAAGGCGGGGAAGAAGUCCGUGCAUGAUGUGGACCAGCAUGCUAGCUUUUUUGCAGACUUAUAG